CUGCUUCGCGGUGCUCGGAGUCGGGGGCGCACCCUACAGCUCCCGGGGCCCGUAAGGGGGCGGCAGGGACCAGCGUCCGAGCGAGCCGCAAGGCCACCCUCUGACCCGCCCAGACUCAUCGCUCCGCCUGGACAUUCCCGCAAGUGGUCUAACCAGCCGGACCGGACGAGCCGAACUUGUCGCGGCUCCUGGCGGUAGCAGCAGGUGGCCCUGGACUUCCCUCCGACUCUGCUGCCGGUGAGGGCUGCUUGCUCCGUUGCGCUCGGUGGCCCUCUCCGCCCGCCCCCGCCAGGCGGGAUGGAGGCGGACGCGGACCAGGAGGAGCUGGCCCGGCUCCGCGCGAUCUUCGCCGCCUGCGACGCGAACCGCUCGGGGCGCCUGGAGCGCGAGGAGUUUAGCGCGCUCUGCGCGGAGCUGCGCGUGCGGCCGGUGGACGCCGAGGCGGUGUUCCAGCGGCUGGACACCGACCGCGACGGCGCCAUCACCUUCCAGGAGUUAGCCAGCGGUUUCCGCGGGGCCAGCCGCGGGGGGCGCCGCCGGGGCUGGGGCCCGCGCCCGCCUGCGCCCGCCGCGCCCGAGGUGGGGUCUGAGACCCGGGACAGCGAGGAGGACGAGGGCGACGGGGACGCCGCGGCGGCGCUGACCGCCUCGUGGCGCCCGCAGAGCCCCGGCCGGGCUUGGCUGGACUUCCAGGAGCGACUUGGGGACGAAGCCAAUUUCAUCCCCAGAAAAGAACAAGUUAGUACUCUGUAUCAAAACAUCAACCUCGUAGAGCCAAGACUAAUUCAGCCAUAUGAACAUGUUAUAAAGAAUUUUAUCCGUGAGAUCAAACUUCAAAGCACAGAAAUGGAAAACCUGGCCAUUGCAGUGAAGAGAGCCCAGGACAAGGCAGCCAUGCAGUUGAGUGAGUUGGAAGAGGAAAUGGAUCAGAGGAUUCAGGCUGCAGAGCAUAAGACACGGAAAGACGAAAAACGCAAAGCCGAGGAAGCCCUCAGUGACCUCAGGCGUCAGUAUGAAACUGAAGUGGGAGAUCUGCAGGUGACCAUCAAAAAGCUUAAAAAGCUUGAAGAACAGUCAAAACACAUAAGUCAAAAGGAAGAUGUGGCAGCGUUGAAAAAGCAAAUUCAUGAUUUAUCGAUGGAAAAUCAGAAAGUUAAGAAAGAUCUUUUAGAAGCACAGACAAACAUCGCUUUUCUUCAGAGUGAAUUAGAUGCUUUGAAAAGUGAUUAUGCUGAUCAGAGUCUGAAUUCUGAAAGAGACCUGGAAAUAAUCCGAGAGUACACAGAAGAUCGAAAUAGUCUUGAGAGGCAAAUCGAAAUACUCCAAACGGCUAACCGGAAGCUUCAUGACAGUAACGAUGGCCUUAGGAGUGCCCUCGAAAACAGUUACAGCAAGUUCAACAGAUCCUUGCGCAUAAAUAAUGUAUCACCAGGGAAUACAAUUAGUAGAAGCAGUCCCAGAUUCAAUGGUCAUUCUCUGCAAACUCUGGGCUAUGACAGGUCAUCUCGCUCUUCCUAUGUGGAUGAGGACUGUGACUCCUUGGCCCUCUGUGAUCCUAUGCAGAGGAUGAAUUGUGAAGUUGACAGCCUGCCUGAGAGCUGCUUCGACAGUGGCUUGUCUACCCUGAGGGAUUCCAAUGAGUAUGACUCGGAGGUGGAGUACAAGCUCCAGAGGGGAUUUCAGAGGACACACAGGGCUCAGGAGAGCUUUGGAGGUGAUGCUUCGGACACAGAUGUUCCUGAUAUAAGGGAUGAAGAAACAUACGGUUCGGAAGGUGUGGCUUCUGUCUUAGACUGGAAGCCCCAAGGCUUUGUUAGUGAAGGCAGCAUUGUGAGUUCAUCGAGAAAGCCCAUCUCCGCACUUUCCCCCCAGACAGACCUAGAGGAUGACAGCCAUAAAUCUUCCAGCUCGCAGAAGGCUUACAAGAUUGUGCUUGCCGGGGACGCUGCAGUGGGGAAGUCUAGUUUCCUCAUGCGACUUUGCAAGAAUGAAUUUCGAGGAAAUACAAGCGCCACCCUGGGAGUUGAUUUCCAAAUGAAAACCCUCAUUGUAGAUGGAGAGCGGACGGUCCUGCAGCUCUGGGACACGGCUGGUCAGGAGAGAUUCAGAAGCAUCGCCAAGUCUUACUUCCGAAGAGCAGAUGGCGUUUUGCUGCUGUAUGACGUGACGUGUGAGAAAAGCUUCCUCAACGUUCGAGAAUGGGUGGAUAUGAUUGAGGAUGCGAGCCCUGAGACUGUUCCUAUCAUGUUGGUAGGAAACAAGGCUGAUCUUCGUGACACUGCUGCUGCAGAGGGACAAAAAUGUGUUCCAGGAUUCUUUGGAGAAAAACUGGCCAUGACCUACGGAGCAUUAUUCUGUGAAACAAGUGCCAAAGAUGGAUCCAACAUUGUGGAAGCUGUGCUCCAUCUUGCUCGAGAAGUGAAAAAAAGAACAGAUGAGGACGACAGCAGAUCCAUUACCAAUCUGACUGGGACCAGUUCCAGAAAGUCAACACAGAUGAAGAACUGUUGCAAUAGCUAAAUUCCGAACAUCUUUGGCCUGUGAAGCCUUCAUUUCCCAACCACUGACUUUGGGUGGCUUGCUAGAAUGGUGCAUCCUACUGAAACUGUCAGAUGGCGAGUUGUGGAGUGGGAAAUCCAGACUGUUUCCUCUGGUCCUCCCAGAACCUCAGCUCUUUUUUGCUGUGUCUCUAAGAGCGACUUGGGCCCUCUGGCGGAAUAGA